CAGUUGAUUCACGCAUGCUGGUGUUAAAGCUGUUGUUUCACAUGCACACUGUUGAUGAAUUAAAGACAAAGAAAAACAAAAGCAAAGUUAGGAGAGUCAAUGAUGGUGACAACUCAAGGGAACUGAGAGAGGGCUCUAGUGAUUUAAAUAGUUUACAAAGCUCGGGGCACGAAGCAGCAAUCGCAACAACAACUAAUUUACAGCAGAUUAUAAACUUCCCAAAAAAUUCAGGACAUCAGCAGGGCUGAGUGUAAAAGCAGGAUGACCAGUCCUAUUGUCGAGCCAUACUGGGCAACAGGAACUGUGUCUGGCCGGCAUCAUCUUUCCCCGGGAGUAAAGUGGGCCUACAGAAAAGUACUCAGAACAGCCUGAAAGUGAAGCCUGGGGAUGGAGUGACUCUUCACCCCCUGAUAGGGCCUGUGUUACAGGCAGAAGAUGUGCAUCUCUCCACCAGAUGGAAAGAUCCCACUCUCUGGAAACUUACUCUCCCUGAUGUAUUUUGGCGGAGCGUGUAGUCUGCGGGUGACGGGGGUCGACGGCCUUUCCCUUUCCCGGCCUACUCUGGGACUGGAGCCUGAUACAGAGGAGGCCUCUGACGCUGGGCUCCACCUUCGCCCUGGGUUCCACCUCCGCCCAGGGCUCCACCUCCAUGGACCUGAGGUGCAGGCCUGGGAUCCGGGGCAGCCUGGUCCUGCAUCCAGUACCCCCUGCAGGCCUGCCUGUGUGCCAUGUGUCCCUCCAACUCUCCCCGGCAACCCCCAGACUCCCGCUGAGUCUGAACAGGGCAGUCUCAGUCUAGAGGUGGAGAAUAAGGUGAAGUUCAGAGACGGGCACAAAGAGGCUCAAGAGGAGGAGGAUGCGGCAGCCCUGAGAUCAAAAGUCAUAUACAGUAUGAUCCCGAGAGAGACUUCUCCAACUACGGUACACAAAUAUAUGGUUUUCCUUUGAAUUGGAAAAUUCUUCAUCUAAAACAAUAUAGGAAUCACACCUCCUAGGGGGGUUCUCCUUUAUGGCCCCCCGGGAACAGGAAAGACUAUGAUUGGAUGAGCCAUAGCCAAUGAGGUCGGGGCACAUAUGACCGUAAUCAACCGUCCAUAAAUCAUGAGCAAAUUUUAUGGUGAAACAGAGGUCAGAUUGAGGCAGAUAUUCACAGGAGCCUCUCAAAGGUAAAUAUUGAGAGAAAAAAUACAUAUCAGCCUUAGAAAUGCAGACUGACAUCCAAAAUAUCCCCCUCUCUCCUGGACAUCCUUCAGACAUUCUCCCUCUGUCUGCUAAAUCUUGAUUUUUGUUCUGUCAGCGAAUCAGUCUAAUGAGAAAAAGAGAGCGCAGGCCCACGAUCAGAGAUGGCUCGACAGCCGCCCUCCGCCCCUUUAGAGAACACAGGGAGCCUGGGAAACCCAUCACCGCUGGUCGCCAUGAUGUGCCAAAUUGGCAUCACGUUAUGGCCAAGUAUAUCUUCAUCUCCCCAACCCAGCUCCUUGGUGCAGAUGGUGCACUGAAGCAGCCGCUCUCCCUCCUGCUAUCUGUUUUCCAUACCGAUGCUAAGGCUUGUUGUAUAAUCCAAGGUCACCAACCACCAAGGGCCUGCUGCUGUGGAAUGUGGCGAAAGCACUUCCUGCUCCCAGAAUUCUUCUCUCCACUCUCACUGUAAUUUAUUUGUGUUUUGGUCCCUCUGCUGGGCCUGUGACAUAGGGGGAGGUGGAAAUAGCAUUAUUUCUCAGCCGGACCACCUAUUUUAGAACAUAGUACAAGGAGCUCUGUUAUACUAUUAAUAUUGUAUUGCCAGAUAAUGCCUGAUAGUGUCAGAAGAUGUAAACCAGUAAUUUAUUAAGCCUUCAGACACAUUUAUGGUCUGGAAAUGUCCUUUAUGUUUGAGCUUUUAGUGUCGGGGUCAUUGGUUAGGGCUAAGAUUAUUGAUUAAUAAUUUAUUACAACUACAUGCUCAAAUUCAAGCACAGUCAUACUACCUUAAAAGCAUACUUGCUUCAUCCUACUGUUCCAAUUGCUCUCUUACAUUCAAACCCCUCAUUUAUUGAUUUAACGCCUGUUUUACCAGGGAAGUUGACAAAGUUGAAUGCACAUUCUCAUACCACUGUAACAUUCCUAACUGUCCUGGUUUGUCUCUUCCUCCAGGAGGGCCACUCAGGCCAGCUGCUGGUCCUAGGGGCCACCAACUGGCCCCACGCCCUGGACCCAGCUCUCUAAAUCAAAUUUUAUUUGUCACAUGCGCCGAAUACAACAGGUGUAGACCUUAACGUGAAAUGCUUACUUAUAAUCCCUUAACCAACAGUGCAGUUCAAGAAAGAGUUAAGAAAAUAUUUGCUAAGUAAACUAAAGUAAAAAAUAAUUAAAAGUAUCACAAUAAAAAUGACAAUAAUGAGGCUAUAUCCAGGGGGUACCGGUGCCAAUUCAAUGUGUGGGGGUACAGGUUAGUCGAUUUAAUUUGUACAUGUAGGUAUGAGUAAAGUGACUGCAUAGAUAAUAGACAGCGCGUAGCAGCAGUGAAAAGACAAAUGGGAGGGGGGCAUUGUAAAUAGUUUGGGUGGACAUUUAGUUCAGGUAUGCUGUUGAUUACUUGUUCAGCAGUCUCAUGGCUUGGGGGUAGAAGCUGUUAAGGAGCCUUUUGGUCCUAGACUUGGCGCUCCAGUACCGCUUGCUGCUCUGGUACCGAUUGCUGACCUUCCUCUGACACCGCCUAUUAUAAAGGUCCUGGAUGGCAAGAACCUUGGCCCCAGUGAUGUACUGGGCCGUACACACUACCCUCUAUAGCGCCUUACGGUCAGAUGCCGAGCAGUUUCCAUGCCAGGCGGUGAUGCAACCGGUCAGGAUGCUCUCGAUGGUGCAGCUGUAGAACUUUUUGAGGAUUUGGGGACCCAUGCCAAAUCUUUUCAGUCUCUUGACGGGGGAAAAGGUGUUGUGCCCUCUUAACAAUUGUCUUGGUGUGUUUGAACCAUGAUAGUUCAUUGGUGAUGUGGACACCAAGGAACUUGAAACUCUCGACCCGCUCCACUUCAGCCCCAACAAUGUUAAUGGGGGCCUGUUCAGCCCUCCUUUUCCUGUAGUCCACGAUCAGCUCAUUUGUCUUGCUCACAUUGAGAUAGAGGUUGCUGUCCUGGCACCACACUGCCAGGUCUGAUCUUUGGCGGUGAUCACGCAUACCACUGUUGUGUCGUCAGAAAACGUAAUGAUGGUGUUGGAGUCGUGUUUGGCCACACAGUCGUGGGUGACCAGGGAGUACAGGAGGGGACUAAGCACGCGCUUCUGAGGGGCCUCAGUGUUGAGGAUCAGCGUGGCAGAUGUGUUGUUGCCUACCCUUACCACCUGGGGGUGGCCCGUCAGGAAGUUCAGGAUCCAGUCCCAGGGUCCUGAUCUUUCACGUGAUAAAAAUAAAGAAAAACCCUUGAAUUUUUUUAACUAGGCAAGUCAUUUAAGAACAAAUUCUUAUUUUCAAUGACGGCCUAGGAACUGCCUGUUCAGGGGCAGAACGACAGGUUUGUACCAUGUGAGCUCGGGGAUUUGAACUUGCAACCUAUCGGUUACUAGUCCAACGCUCUAACCACUAGUCUACCCUGCCGCCCCAUGAAUGUGUCCAAACCUUUGACUCUUACUGUAUAUGAAGAAGCCAUGUUUCUCACCACUCCAUGUUGUGGUUUAUUUAGAGCUGGAUUACUGCGAGGCCUACAAGACAGAGUGGCUCACCACACCAACCCUCUGAGACUCCUGACUUAAGGAAGUGGGCUUGUACUUUGGCUUGUGGAUCCCAUUGAGGAAAACCUUCUUUAAAGUAAAACCCAUACCAUUUACUUGUUGUGAAAUUCCUCAUGGCCCAUACAGCCUUAACCCUGCAACCCAAUCCCCCUAACUGGGAAAACAGUGUCAGGAAACCAGGAUGUUGGGGUGUUUCUGUGGUGGUCAGUUGUGUGUGUGUGUGUGUGUGCGAGACGCUGAGAGCCUCCUGGGUGGUCCCGGGGAUAUGGCAUAUUGCAUUUCCAGAGGAGGCUACUACCUCGGCUCGCAGAAGCGCUCUGGCAAAGAGCGUGAUUUACCGUCUGUAGAGGCCAGACGUGACUGGCAGUGUUUUCAGAGAAAACCCCUGGAGGGAAGAGA